CUAGGAAAGAGCCAAAGAGGGAUUGCCAAUUGUCAUGCAAAUUCUUUAUAAUCCCGGCCCGGAUCUUGCAGAAGGCACAUAGGUUUUUCCGUCGCCGGGGAGCUCUAUUGUUCCCUUGAGCUGAGACUGAGAGCGACGCCUUUUGAACACCGAGCCGACAUCGAGGGGGGUGAGGGUCGUGAUGGAAGCUUCGGCCAUGGCUGGAUUCCUUCGCUCUCCCGUGCCGACUCAACGGUCGAAAAUCCAGGAAUUGUUUCCUCUCUCCUCACUUUCUCACCGGUCAAAAAACAUGCCUUUAAGCUUAUUCAUGCCAAACGCCACAUCUCCCUCUGUUAUCGGUUUGCGUAGGAGGACGAGUUUCGGUAUUCGCUGUUCUGCAGAUGGAGCCCUGAAGGUGGAAGAACAAAUCCCCAUCGAGAAGAGAAUCCCCGCUUUCCCGACCGUCAUGGACAUCGAUAAGAUCCGAGAAAUUUUGCCGCAUCGUUUCCCUUUCCUCCUGGUGGAUAGAGUGAUCGAGUAUGAAGCAGGAGUUACAGCUGUUGCCAUUAAGAAUGUGACUAUAAAUGAUAACUUUUUUCCUGGCCACUUUCCGGAGCGUCCAAUAAUGCCCGGUGUGCUCAUGGUUGAGGCCUUGGCUCAGGUUGGAGGUAUUGUGAUGCUGCAGCCUGAAGUUGGAGGUUCCCAACACAAUUUCUUCUUUGCUGGGAUCGACAAAGUGAGAUUUAGAAAGCCAGUAAUAGCAGGUGACACUCUGGUCAUGAGAAUGACCCUUAUCAAAUUAAACAAAGCCUUUGGUUUAGCUAAGAUGGAAGGGAAGGCUUAUGUUGGUGGAGAGGUGGUAUGCGAAGGCGAGUUCUUGCUGGCAAUUGGAUCUGGUAAGAAGUGAAGAAGAUAAUUGAAUUUUAGCUUCAACUUUUGCUUCAUUAAGAGCAUUUCUUUUCAUUGUAAUCUUUAUCUUUGGUGUUGAUUGAACAAUGAGAAUGGUUUGGUUUGUUAAACUAUCUAUAUAAUUUUGUAAUUUGUGAGUGAGGAUCCAUUUGAGGAUGCUAUAAUUGUCCGGCAAAUGAAUUGUGGAUUGUGAUAUUUGAUAACUAUUACUAAAUUUAAGGCUUCGUUUGAGAC